AUGGGGUCCCGCGCGGGCUCGCCCUUUGGCACACUCCGCUUCCAGUGGCUGCUGUUGUUGGGCUUGGUGGGCCCGGUCCUCGGCGGGGCUCGGCCAGGCUUUCAACAGACCUCACAUCUCUCCUCUUAUGAAAUUAUAACUCCUUGGAGAUUAACUAGAGAACGAAGAGAAGCCCGUAGGCCCUAUUCAAAACAGGUAUCUUAUGUCAUUCAAUUUGAAGGAAAAGAGCAUAUUAUUCACUUGGAAAGGAACAAGGACCUUGUGCCCAAAGAUUUUGUAGUUUACACCUAUAACAAGGAAGGGGCUCUGAUCUCUGACCAUCCUGAUAUACAGGACCAUUGUCAUUAUCGGGGCUAUGUGGAAGGAGUUUAUGAUUCAUCCAUUGCUCUUAGUGACUGUUUUGGACUCAGAGGAUUACUGCAUAUAGAGAACGUGAGUUAUGGGAUUGAACCCCUGCAAAACAGCUCUCAUUUUGAGCACAUCUUUUAUCGAAUGGAUGAUAUCCGCAAAGAGCCUCUGAAAUGUGGCGUUUCCAGCAAGGAUAUAGAAGCAGAAACAGCCCAGGAUGAAGAGGAAGAGCCUCCCAGCAUCACUCAGCUGCUUCGAAGAAGAAGAGCUGUGCUGCCACAAACCCGCUAUGUGGAGCUGUUCAUUGUUGUAGACAAGGAAAGGUAUGACAUGAUGGGAAGAAAUCAGACUGCAGUGAGAGAAGAGAUGAUUCGUUUAGCAAACUACUUAGAUAGUAUGUAUAUUAUGUUAAAUAUUCGAGUUGUGCUAGUUGGACUGGAGAUUUGGACAAAUGGAAACCUGAUCAGCACAAUUGGUGGUGCUGGUGAUGUGUUGGGGAACUUUGUACAGUGGCGGGAAAAGUUUCUUAUAACACGUCGGAGACAUGACAGUGCACAGCUAAUUCUGAAGAAAGGUUUUGGUGGGACUGCAGGAAUGGCAUUUGUGGGAACAGUGUGUUCAAGGAGCCAUGCAGGCGGGAUCAACGUGUUUGGGCAAAUCACAGUGGAGACAUUUGCAUCUAUUGUUGCUCAUGAGUUGGGUCAUAACCUUGGAAUGAAUCAUGAUGAUGGGAGAAAUUGUGUUUGUGGAGCCAAGAGCUGCAUUAUGAAUUCAGGAGCAUCAGGUUCCAGGAACUUCAGCAGUUGCAGUGCAGAGGACUUUGAGAAGUUAACUUUAAAUAAAGGAGGAAACUGCCUUCUUAAUAUUCCCAAGCCUGAUGAAGCCUAUAGUGCUCCUUUCUGUGGCAAUAAGUUGGUGGACCCCGGGGAAGAGUGUGACUGUGGUUCUCCAAAGGAAUGUGAAUUGGACCCUUGUUGUGAAGGAAGUACUUGUAAGCUUAAAUCAUCUGCUGAAUGUGCAUAUGGUGACUGUUGCAAAGACUGUUUGUUUCUUCCAGGAGGUACUUUAUGUAGAGGAAAAACCAAUGAAUGUGAUGUUCCAGAAUAUUGCAAUGGUACUUCUCAGUUCUGUCAGCCAGAUGUUUUUAUUCAGAAUGGAUAUCCUUGCCAGAAUAACAAAGCCUAUUGUUACAAUGGCAUGUGCCAAUAUUAUGAUGCUCAGUGUCAAGUCAUCUUUGGUUCAAAAGCCAAGGCUGCCCCAAGAGAUUGUUUCAUUGAUGUGAAUUCUAAAGGUGACAGAUUUGGUAAUUGUGGCUUCUCUAAUAAUGAAUACAAGAAGUGUGCCACUGGGAACGCUUUGUGUGGAAAACUUCAAUGUGAGAAUGUCCAAGAGAUGCCUGUGUUUGGAAUUGUGCCUGCUAUUAUUCUGACCCCCAGCGGAGGCACCAAAUGUUGGGGUGUGGAUUUUCAGCUAGGAUCAGAUGUUCCAGAUCCUGGGAUGGUGAAUGAAGGUACAAGAUGUGAUGUUGGAAAGAUCUGUAGAAAUUUCCAAUGUGUAAAUGCUUCUGUUCUGAAUUAUGACUGUGACAUUCAGAAGAAGUGUCAUGGACAUGGGGUGUGUAAUAGCAAUAAGAAUUGUCACUGUGAAAAUGGCUGGGCUCCCCCAAAUUGUGAGUCUAAAGGAUACGGAGGAAGUGUGGACAGUGGACCUACAUACAAUGACAAGAAUACUGCACUGAGGGAUGGACUUCUAGUAUUCUUCUUCUUAGUUGUUCCCCUUAUUGCGUUGGCUGCUUUUGUCUUCUUCAAGAGAAAUCAACUACGGCAAAGAUGCUUCAGAAAGAAGAGAUCACAAACAUAUGAAUCAGAUGGCAAAAAUCAAGGAAAAGUUUCUAGACAACCACCGAGUGUUCCUCGACAUGUUUCUCCAGUGACUCCUCCCAGAGGACCUAAUGUGUAUGAAAACAGAUUUCCUGUACCAACAUAUGCAGUGAAGCAGCCUCAGCAGUUCCCAUCAAGGCCACCUCCACCCCAACCGAAAGUAUCAUCUCAGGGAAAUUUAAUUCCUGUUCGUCCUGCUCCUAAACCUCCUUUAUAUAGCUCCCUCACUUGA